GUCAAAAUACAAGCAUUCGACGAAGAGAACAAAUUGAGAGGCAAAAAUAUAACUGAUUGUACAUGUACUAUUUACAAAGCCUUCUAAAAGACGAUAUUCGACAUAUGAACAUGUCAGCAUCUGCAAUCAACAUGUGUAUGUCCUUUCCCCUGCCUCCAAGUCUCCUGCCCCGAAUUUGGAGUGAGCAAAUGAUUGAUUUUGAAACUAGCCACACCGGCCACCAGUGCAAAUAUGGGCGUGGAUCUUAAACCCGCUGGAGAAACUUCUCCAAAACCAAAGGUACAUGCCCUUUCUUUUACAUAGUUGGCAGAUUGGAACGUCAGCUAAGCCGAUCUUGGGGAAAGCCGUGCUGUGUCUGUAAAGACGAGAAAGCCGCUCGAGACGAAUGUAUGCUAUUUAGCACGGCCAAGGAUCCACAAGUAGCCUGUGCAAGUAUGGUUGAAAAAUAUAAGACCUGUAUGGCUGGGUUUGGGUUCAAUUUACCAUGAGCCAGUGACGGAGAUGUCGUGUACGAUAUAGGAAUGAAUUGAAAUGGAGUUUGGGCAUGGUAAUGGCGUUACAAAGAGUGGACUGCGGAUUAAAAACGAUCAAGUAGAAGGAUUCAUAGAAGGAUCACGAAGAACUUCCCAACUCUGUUUCAUUAGAUUAUAUUUGGCAAACACGUUUCUCUUGUAAUAUUACACAUUUUAACAAAACAAUCACAAGGACGGA